AUGCCUUCCCGCAAGGUUCAAGCUCCUUCACCAGCCCCGACAAGCCCGUCCGAGCUGUCCCAAGCGAGAGACUCCUGGUCGCAAUCUCCAGACUGGGACGAUCCGCGCGACUGCGGCCACUGGAACAAGGAGGACGAGUCCGUCUCGAUGGAGAACGUGCCGGAGGUGAUUCCGGGCAAAUAUCUCCGGGGAACGGUCAUUGGCCAGGGAGGCUGGUCGACCGUCAUCAAGGUGAAGAGGACGGAGGAUGGCAAGUUGUUUGCGGGAAAGAAGUCGCAGACGCCGGAGCAGCUGUACAAGGAGUCGAAGAGGCUCCGAAAGUGGGAGCACCCGAACAUUGUCAAGUUUAUGGAACUCUACAAGCAGGAUUCGGACGAAGAAAACAACCUGCUCAUCAUGGAGCUUUGCGCAAAGGGAACCCUGCAGAUGCGCAUCGAGUGGUACUUUGAGCCCAUGGGCAUGCUGGACAUCGUCUCCGCCAUUGUUCAAGUCGCAGAUGCUCUCGUCUACAUGCACGGCAAAGGCUUCUUCCACGCAGACAUCAAGCCGAGGAACAUCUUUGUCAGGCGAUUCGACCCCAUUGAUGUUGCCCUCGGGGACUGCAGCGACUGCAAGGUCCACGGCAACGGCAAGAGCGACGACAUCUGGGCUCUGGGGGUCACUCUGCUGGCGAUGAUGGGCCAGAAGCCGCGGAAGGACAAGACGGAUGUGGCAAAGUUCCAGUACCCUUCACGAUGCGCCAACUAUGCGCAGGAGCUGACGAGGCUCAAUCCCGGCAACGCACUUGUCGAACUUGUCAGCAAGAUGCUCAUCAAGAGAGCCAGAGAGCGGCCGACUGCCGAGAAGUGCCUGGACAUGGCGACCAGAAUCAUGGAGGGGAUGAGCGAGGAUGAGAAGAUGGCCGGCCGCGCGAAUGGGCUGGGGCUCACUUCCCCUGAAAAGCACCGCCCGGUCGAGGCGCCUCAAGUCUACCAUUGGUGA